GAGUUAGAGUCCUUGCGGAGGAGGUGCGGAGCGCUUCGGCUCUGAGCGACUGACCAAGCCGGGUUCCGCGAGGCUGCGGCGAAGCCUCUAUAGAGAAGGCGCGAGAGCUUGGCAGCUUCGAUUGGAGCCCAGCGAGCGGCGACGUCAAACCAGGAGUCAUGAGCGACAGCGGCGAGCAGAACUACGGCGAGCGGGAAUCCCGUUCUGCUUCCAGAAGUGGAAGUGCUCACGGAUCGGGGAAAUCUGCAAGACAUACCCCUGCAAGGUCUCGCUCCAAGGAAGAUUCCAGGCGUUCCAGAUCAAAGUCCAGGUCCAGAUCUGAAUCUAGGUCUAGAUCCAGAAGGAGUUCUCGAAGGCAUUAUACAAGGUCACGAUCUCGAUCUCGUUCUCAUAGACGUUCCCGUAGCAGGUCUUACAGUCGAGAUUAUCGCAGACGCCACAGCCACAGCCAUUCUCCCAUGUCUACUCGAAGGCGUCAUGUUGGAAAUCGGGCAAAUCCUGACCCAAACUGUUGUCUUGGAGUGUUUGGGUUGAGCUUGUACACCACAGAAAGAGAUUUAAGAGAAGUGUUCUCUAAGUAUGGCCCAAUUGCUGAUGUGUCUAUUGUAUAUGACCAGCAGUCUAGGCGUUCAAGAGGAUUUGCCUUUGUGUAUUUUGAAAAUGUAGAUGAUGCCAAGGAAGCUAAAGAACGUGCCAAUGGAAUGGAACUUGAUGGGCGUAGGAUAAGAGUUGAUUUCUCUAUCACAAAAAGACCACAUACCCCAACACCAGGAAUUUACAUGGGGAGACCUACCUAUGGCAGUUCACGCCGUCGGGAUUACUAUGACAGAGGAUAUGAUCGCGGCUAUGAUGAUCGGGACUACUACAGCAGAUCAUACAGAGGAGGUGGUGGAGGAGGAGGUGGCUGGAGAGCUGCUCAAGACAGGGAUCAGAUUUAUAGAAGGCGGUCACCUUCUCCUUAUUACAGUCGUGGAGGAUACAGAUCACGCUCCAGAUCUCGGUCCUACUCACCUCGUCGCUAUUAAAGCAUGAAGAUAAAGACUUUCUGAAACCUGCCAUAGAGCUGGGAUAUUGUUUGUGGACAAUAUUUUUAUUGUCUGUUUAAAAAGUGAACAGUGCCUAGUGAAGUUAGGUGACUUUUACACCUUUUAUGAUGACUACUUUUGGUGGAGUUGAAAUGCUGUUUUCAUUCUGCAUUUGUGUAGUUCGGUGCUUUGUUCAAAGUUAAGUGUUUUCAGAAAAGUAUGUUUUGCAUGUAUUUUUUUACAGUCUUAAAUUUUGACUGCUGAGAAGUUUCUAUUGUACAAAAAACUUCAUUUAAAAGGUUUUUCUACUGAAUCCAGGGUAAUCUGAAGAUUGAAGCCUGUGUGUAAAAAGCUACCAAAUGGCAAAAAGCAACAAUAAACAGUUUGAUUUUUAUUUUUCUUUCUAACAUUGAUACUUAGCAGAACUAUUCAGAUUUUAAGUUAUCAGUAAGUUCAAAGGCAAAAAUACCCACUUUCCUCCAGUCCACGAAACAUACCAUAUUUAAUAUACCUACAACUAAGUGUUAAAAAAAUAUGCUCUGUAACUCUGUACUGCUAGUAUUAGAACUAAGUUUUUCAAUACAGCAAAUGCUUAAUGCUUAUAUAAAUGUGGAUUUGUCAGCCUUUCUGUAAUCUGUAUUAUGUUUAGCAGGGAAUAAGAAAAGUUACACAUUGUGUAUGCCUUAAGGCUAUUUCUUAAAGCUGUUAAAAGGGAAUAAUGGUAUUUCAGCUAGUUCUCGGCAAAUGACAAUACAUUCCACCACAAAUGUACUCUUGAUCUUCUAGCUUUUAGACCAUUUGAAAAACUGGGUGCUUCAAAGUACAGGAUAAGAGAAGGGAACACUAUACCUGUGUCAUGGAUGACCUGAAGACUGCCUGUUCAUUUUUUAAAUAUUAUUUUCAGGUCCUUUGCUAAUCAAAGGAGGCCCAAUUUCACUCAAAUGUUUUGAGAACUGUGUUCAAUAAAUGAAAACGAAGAGAAAAA